AUGGUUUUAAAGAACUUCUCUUAUAGUCUUAUAACAUACCGAUACAUGUAUAUUUUUUCAUUAAUUAAUAUAUUAAAAACAACAUCAGUAGUAAUAAAAUCAAGACACAAGCUAAAUCAUAUAAAUAACUCAAGGGGUUUCAAGAGCAUUAACAUUAAUAGCGAUAAUUUUUUUUUUCUUAGAACCAAAAUUAGAAAAGUACAGAAUUAUAUAUUGAAUAAUAAUAUAAAUAAGAAAAAUUAUAAUGCCCAUUUUUAUAAAUUAAAUAAUAAUAAAGAAAAAAAAAUGAAUAACAAAUUUCCAAAAUCUUUAAAUAUGAAUAAUUCAAAUAAUAAUAAAAAUGAUCACCUAUUAAAUGAUAAUUUAGUAUCAUUUAAUAAAAAUACUGAUAUAAAGAAUCAUAGGAGUUAUAAUCAAAAUAGAAAUAUAACAUAUAGUAAGCAAUUCAGUCAGAAUAACAACAACUAUACUAGUACACACAAUAACAAUAUUAUUAAGGGGAAGGCAUCAGGAAGUUAUAUAAAUAAUAGUACUGUUAAUGGUCCAGGUAAUCAAUAUGUAAGUAGUAGCAAUAACAAUAUUAAUAUUAAUAGUAUUAAUAGUAUUAAUAGUAUUAAUAGUAUUAAUAGUAUUAAUAGUAUUAAUAAUAAUAAUAAUAUUAAUAAUAAUAAUAAUAAUAUCAAUAAUAUCAAUAAUAAUAAUAAUAAUAACAAAUUUUCAAAUAAUUUUGCUGGAACUUAUUCUACAUAUAUACAAAAUAGAGAAAUGAAUAAAAAUAAUGAAGGACCAAAUUCUGCAUGUAAUGAAACUAAAUUAAACAACUCUUUAAAUUUUAAUAUAAAUAACAAGGACAAAAAAAAUUACAAUGUUUUAUCUAAUAAUCCUAGUAGCAACAAUAAUGAUAAUAGUAAUAAUAAUAUGGUACAUCUAAAUGAUAAUUCUGGAAUGUAUGGCCCUAAAAGUAAUUAUAAUAAUAAAGAUUAUUUAUUAAUUAAUAAUAAUAUGAAAGAUAAGAAUAUGUACCUUAAUAAUAACACAUUAGCAAAUACUAAUAAUUUAGAUAACUCUUUAAAAAUUAAUAAUUAUAAUAAACAUAAUGAUAAAAAUAUGAAUACAAGAUCAUCAAAAAUUUUAGAAGAUGCCAAUUCUUAUAAUAAUGCUUUAAAAAAUAAUGAUUCCAGAUAUAAUUAUUAUAAUGAAAAUUAUACAAAUAAUAUAAAAAAUAUGAAUACUACGAAUGCGGGUGUAAAUAGUUUAAAGAAUAUGAAAAAUCCAUUUAAUAUGAAUAAAAAAUAUAUGUCUCAUUAUAAUAAUAAUGAUAAUAAUAAUAAUAAUAAUAACAGCAAUAGCAAUAAUAAUAAUAGUAGCAAUAAUAAUAAUAGUAGCAAUAAUAAUAAUAAUAAUAAUAAUAAUAAUAGUCAUAAUAACAAUUAUAAUAACCAACUACAUAAUAAUAACUAUUAUUAUAAUAAUAAAUCUAACGAUAAUUUAAAUAACAAUAAAACAUCUUCAUCGUCGUAUACACCCAAUUUUAAAAGAGAAACAUCUGACGAUAUUUCAAACAAUAACAAUAAUUAUAAUAAUUACAACAAUAAUUACAAUAAUAAUAAUUACAGCCAUAAUAACGACAGUAGUAGUAAUAAUAAUAAUAAUAUGAUGAUUAUGACGAAUGAAAUGAAUUCUAUGGAUUUACAUAAAAAUAUAAAUAUAUUAACAAUGGAAUCAUCAAAUUGUAAUAAAGUAGAUAUGAAUAAUAUGCUAAGUACCAAUGAAACAAUUAAUAAUAUAAGUAGCAAACAUGGAAAUAAUGAUAUAAACAAAAUAAAUCAUCAUAAUAAUACAACCACAACGAGUAGUAGUAGUAGUAAUAAUAAUAUGUUAAAAUUAAACAAUCUUAUCAAAAAUAAAGACAUGAAUAAAAAUGAUAAUAUUGAAGGUAAUCAUCCAUAUAAUGUGCAUGAUAUCUUAUAUGACAAUUCAAGAACAGGAGCAAUGAUGGAAGGCAUGACGUCUGGAUAUAAUAGAGGUGUAAGAAAUAAUAAAUUAUCUAUGCAAACUUAUAACCAUAUGAAUCAUAGUGUGGAUUCAUCAAAAAAUAUUAUAAAUUCGAAUGAUAGGAACUCAAUUACCAAAGGUGAUGGCAACAUGAAUAAUAAUGAAAAUAACAACAAUAAUAAUAAUAACAACAACAAUAAUAAUAACAACAACAAUAAUAAUAAUAAUAGUAAUGUGGGUAAUGGUCGAAGCUCUAGUAAUAUGUUUAUAAAACACAACAGCUUUCACAACAACAAUAAUGCAGAUUUAAAUCAAAUUAAUAAUUUCGGUAUUAAAAAGAAUGAAUACUAUGGAAAUUUUUCUUCUUCAACUAACGCAAAAAAUAUGAACAACCUUAUAAAUAAAUUAGAAGAUAAUAAAAAUAAUAACACAAAUAAUAACACAAAUAAUAUGAACAACAAUAAUAAUAAUAAUGUCCCUCUUGAUUUAGAUAGUGAUGCUUUUCGCUAUUACGAUUUUAAUGAAUUUUUAAAUUAUAUGUAUAAAGAUGAAAAUAUAUUAACUCUCUUCUAUAUAAGGAAGAAUUAUUUAAAAGCAGAAUCUAAAGAAGAAUUUGUAAAUGAAAAUGAUAAGAUUAAAUAUUCUAUUAUCUGGUCAUUUACAAAUGAUGAAAGAAUUGUAGUAUAUGGUACUCAUAAUACCAAAAAAUUAAGCAAGAAAGUUUGUGUGAAAAAAAUAUUAUUAAAAUUAAAAAAUAUAUCCUUAUUAGAAUUAGAUCAAAUGACAAAAUGGAUGAUUAAUAGUUUGAAUGUUAUUUUGAAAGUAGAAAAUAAAAAUUUAGAAAAUAAAUUCAUUAAUAAUUUAUAUUCAUGUAAUAUUGAAUGGAAAAUAAAUAAUAAAAUAUAUCAAGCAUCUGCUCAACAUGAACAUGAAAAAAUUGCUGAAUUGGUAGCCACACAAAGGUUGUAUAUGAUAUUGUAUGAUGUUAAAGAACAAUUAAUUAGAGAAAAUGACUUUUUAAAAAUGACUGAUGAUAAUAAGAGAUUUAUUAAUUCAUUUGACAACCCAUCAAUUAUAAACAACAGCACCAAUAAUAAUAAUAAUAUAAGUAAUAGUGGUAGUAAUAAUAAUACAUUAUAUAACAAAUAUAUGAAUAGUAACAGUAAAAACUUUGAUGAUGUCAAUAUGCUUAAUCAGAAUAAAUAUAGCAAAAAUCAAGGAACAAAUAAAAAUUUCAAUGAAAUUAUGUAUAACAAUAAUAAUAUCAAUGCAAGUAGUAAUAAUAAUAAUAUGUUAUCUUAUCAAGAAAAUAGAAAUAGUAAUAUGAAUAUGAAUAAUUACAUGAACAAUGUUAACUACAAUAAUAAUAAUAUGAAUAAUAUGAAUAAUAUAUUAACAUCUGAUGCAAGCGAUACCCACAACAUCAAUAAUAAUAAUAAUAAUAUCAAUAGUUUAAAUAAAAAUGUUGGACAUUUAGGUAAUAACCAAGGAAAUAUUAUGAACAACAAUAAUUUAAAUUCUAAUAAUAUGAACGUUCAAAACGGUAAUAAUAAUAUGUUCUUAAAUGCAAAUAUGAAUUUAUUAAAUAAUACACAACAAGGAGGUAUGCAACAAAUAGCUACACAAGAUGUUAAUACACAAUCUGAACAAGUAUCAGAUCCAAAUGAUUUAAUCGAAUAUUGUUUAACUAAACAAGAUGCUAGUAGCAUACAGAUGUUAAGAAAUAAUAUAGCAUCAAGAUAUAAAAUACAACAAUCAGAAGUAUUUGAACAAGUUUUUAAUUUAUAUAAAUGUACAUUAGAUUGGGAGUGGAAAAAUGGAAAGAAUACAUGCAAAGCUAAAAGUGUUGGUUAUGGUAGUACAAAAAGUCUAGCCAAAUGUGAAGCAGCAUAUGAUAUGUUAGUAAAAAAUAAUUUAAUAGAAUAUAUAUCAUCUACUGAUAGAAAAAAUGCACAAUUUAUUAGAGAUUUAAUAUCAAAAGAUUUAAAUAAGGCUUUAAAUAUGGCUAUACAAUUUAUUAUGCAAUAUAGUAGUAAUGCAUGGUCUAUAUUUGUUGUAUAUUUAUUAAGAGAAUUAUUAAUAGAUGGAAAUUACGAUCCUAUAAACAGAUUAUUAAAUACUAUUGUGGAGGUUAGUAGAGAGGGUCGUAUGGAGGUAGAACAAAUGGAAAAAAAUUUAAACAAAAAUGAUAACAAUGUUAACAAUAUGAAUAAUAUAAACAAUGUCAACACUAUUAAUAAUAUUAACAAUAUGUAUAGUAGUAACCAUUGUGUGAAUGAGGAAUCUACUAAUAAUGGUGUAUCGUCAAACAUGUUUCCUAACAACAAAGUAGAAGAAAAUAACGACAACAAUAAUAAUAAUAAUAAUAAUAAUAACAACAGCAAUAAUAAUAACUCACAAUUCUUUAACCCUUAUAUUCAAAAUAAGAACCUUACAGAUAAUAAUUAUAUUCAUAAAUUAGUUUCUAUAGAUUUGUGGGAAAAACUUAUAGACGAAUGUGUUGUUAUAUUAAACGAUAAACUUUGUUUUAAUUGCAUAUCUCUUUUACAACAAGUGGAAUUAGAUUAUUCCAUUUUUAUAUCAAAGUGUGCUCAUGAUUAUUAUAAAAAAUAUCGAAUUAUGCUAGCGUUAGAAUUACAAGCAAACCUUGCACAAAGCAUACAAGAGAAAAAGAAUUUCGAAUACUUACAUGAAAAUAAAUCGUUAUUAUUAAAAUUGAAAAGUAUUACUAUGCCUGUUUUAUCCUGUACAUGUACUCUAACUAAUGAAGAAAAAGAAUGGAUGAAAUCAACACAGAUGAGAGAAGAUGAUAUUGUUUUAUUGAAACCCUGUGAUACAUUAUUAAAAGAUGAAGAUGCUUGGUCUAAUAGUUUAAUUGGUAGUAUUACUAGUACUAAGAGUGAUAAUACAGUUUAUAAUAUUAAUAUAAGAAUAUUUUCAGCAGAAAAUACGAAAAAAGCAAAUGUAAAAUAUAAUAAAUAUAGAUUAUAUUUAUUAUUAAAUAUUGUAACCCAUGAAAGAAUGUUACAAGCAUUAAGAUCGAUUACAUUUAUAAGUUCGAUACCUACACAAUAUCAAUCACCUUAUGUAUUUACACCAGAAAUACGUUUCUUAUUAUUACAUUCUUAUAAUAAAUAUAGUAAAUAUAUAGCACAGAAUGGAAAGUUAAAUGAAGAAAUAGCAGAAUAUGAGAAGAUCAAAAUGGAUUUUCAAAAUAAUGAAACAUUAAAAAAUAAUAGUAUGUCUGAUGAUAUAUUAAAUGAUUAUAGUAAGGAAGCAAAAAAUCCAUAUGAAGAUUUAUUAAAUGAAAGUAUAAAUAAACAAAUAGGAAAUUCACAAGUUGAAGAUAUAGAUAAAUAUUUAAUAGAAAGUAUUAAUUUGCCUACUAAUUUACCUCUUAAUGAUUCACAAAAAUUAGCAUGUUUAAGUGCAUUAACAAGAAGAUUAACUUUAGUUCAAGGACCACCAGGUACAGGUAAAACUCAUGUUGCAUGUGCAAUCAUUGAUAGUUGGCAUAAACAAAAUAGUAAUAAAAAAAUAUUAGCAGUAGCUGAUUCAAAUGUUGCUGCAAAUAAUUUAGUAGAAGGUUUAAAAAAAAGAAAUAUACAAGCAGUUCGUGUUGGAGCAGGUAGUGAUAGUGAUUUCCAUGAAGAAGCUAUAAUGGAAUUUCAUCGUUAUAAAGAUUUAUUAAAAUUAAGAAAAAAUAAUAUGCAGAAAGAAGCAAAAGUAAUGAAAGCUUUAUUAUUUCUAGAAGCUGUUAAAAAAUAUAAUGUUGUUAUAGCUACAUGUGUUGGAUCAGGACAUGAAAUAUUUGAUAAUGAAAAAUUUGAAAGAGUUAUAAUUGAUGAAUGUGCUCAAUCUAUUGAACCAUCCAAUUUAAUACCAUUAGGACAUUAUUGUAAUAACUUAGUUUUAAUAGGAGAUCAUAAACAAUUACCACCAACUAUUAUUUCUCCAGAUGCUAUAAAAUUAGGAUUAGAUAAAUCAUUAUUAGAAAGAUUUGUUAUGGCAAAAAUUGCACCUGUACAUUUAUUAAAUACACAAAGACGUAUGCAUUUAAGUAUUUGUGUAUUUCCUAAUUUCCAUUUUUAUGAUAAUAAAUUAAAAACAGCAAAUGUAACAGAAGAAAAUAGACCAAUCAUUAAAGGUUUCUUAUGGCCAAAUCCAAAAUGUAGAUUAGCAUUUAUAGAUGUAUCAAUCGGAAAACCUGGUAGUAAAUUUGAAAAUGCUUAUGGUACAUCAAAAUUUAAUUUAUAUGAAAUAGAACCAUUAAUCACUGUAUUAAAAUCUAUUAUCAAUGAAGGAUGUGUUUCUGUUGAUGAAAUUGGUAUAUUAACAGCAUAUGAUGCACAAAAAAUGAAAUUAAAAAAAGCUGUUCAAGAUGCUUUCUCUUAUGAAGCUUCACAUCGAAUCGAAAUUGACUCAAUCGAUGGAUUUCAAGGAAAAGAAAAAGAUCUUAUUUUAUUCUCAGCAGUUAGAUCAAAUGCAAAUAAUGAAUUAGGUUUCUUAAGAGAUGCUAGAAGAUUAAAUGUUAUGUUGACAAGAGCUAAAAGAGGUGUUAUUCUUUUUGGAGAUCAAUUCACAUUAGCAAACGAUCCAGCUAAUUGGCUACCCUGGUUAAAAUGGAUCUCAUCUAAAAGAGCAAUCGUGCAUGUAACCAAAUUAAAUGAUCACUUAGAAAAUACUGAUUAUUCAUUAUUAGAUAAAUUAAAUAAAAUUAAUAAAGCUGUCAACCUAAAGAAUAUUAAUGUCUCAGAUAAUUAUUAUUUCUAUGGAAAUGAUACAGGAUUCUCUAAUGACUACGAACAAAAUUAUUUUACAAACAAUGAUAAUAUUAAUCUAAAUGAUCUUGAUAAUAAGGAUGCAGCUGGGGUCCAGCAGGUCGAAGAAAUUGUAGAAAACUGGGAAGAUUUAUUAUAA